ACGGACCCGGCGGCGGCCGACGGCGAGCGCGAGCCCAGCCUGCCGGACUCGUUCGUGUGCGCGGCGUGCGGCCAGUGUCGCUGCGAGGCGUGUCGCACGCCGCGCCCGCUGCCGCAGCACCUGCUCUGCGGCGAGAAGUGCGUGCUCUCGUCGGAGACGUGCGUGGACUGCUUGUCGUGCCUGUGCUGCGUGAAGGCACUCGGCUACCAUUGUUCGACGUCGGACAGCGGCUCACGGGGCGCCGACCGGCCGUGCUCGUGCGCCGGCGGCGGCGCCGCCUGCUGCCUGCGCUGGGGCGGUCUGGCGCUGCUCUCCGCUGUGCUGCCCUGUCUCUGGUGUUACUGGCCGCUGCGCGGCGGUGUCAAACUGGUGGAGAAGUGUUACCAGCGCAGCACCAGCCACGGCUGCACGUGUCCAGCGGACGGCCUGCUCCAGCGGUGAGGGGCGCCGCCGCCGCUGCCGCCGCCGCUGCCGUUGUCGCCGGCCGCGCAUAUCUGUGAUUCUCCGAGUGGGCGUGUGGGCGGGUAGGUGCGAGCGGGUGUGACCGCCGGACGUGCGAGCGGACGAGCUAUGCGCGUGUGCGUGCGUGUGCGUGUGGGUGACCGGCGCUGUGGGCCGCAGUCGAGGCGGGCCCGGGGUUGGGGCUGUAUCGGAUAUUACAUAGUCAGCAGGCAUGGUCUGUAUAUUUUGUACAUCCAGAUGUAGAGAAAUUAUUUAUUUAUAUGGUGGGUUUACUUUGGAAACCGGCGAUGUACAAGAUUUGCUAUGGAGUAUUUAUUCGCGCAAUAGCUAGAAUUUUCUGCGCGUGACCCAGUGCUAGUCAUUCUCCGUUAAAACAUGCCGACCCGCCAGCCGCGCGCCUCCCCGUCGUUUUGCUUAUUCUGGUCUGUGAGGGUCCGUAUCUGCUCAUGCCUGCCAUGCCCCCUUCUGACCUGGUGGGUUCGGGACACGGGGUUAUUCGGUCGCCCGCUGGAACCGUGGGGAGCAGCUUCCGAAUUCUCCAGCCACUUCCCUUCGGGACGGAACAAGUUGUUCAGUCGCAAGUAGCCCGGUUCCCUUGUUGGUCGCGAGUGAAUGUUUCACUACUCGCCGAGCAAGGCAACGUACAUUUCAAACGAUGAGCGAUACGCCCGCCGCUCUUGCGCUGCGUGGGGCGUCUCUGUCUUCCUCCCGUGCUCUUUCUUUCUCGUUCUUCCCGUGCCUCCCUGCUUCCGUCCCUCCGUCCUUUCCUCACUCCAUUCCUCUUCCCCCUCGCUCCCUCCCUCUCUGCCUACCUGCCCCUCCGUCCUUCUCUCUUCCUUCCU